GGACACAGAGUAAUUGGUGUGACUGGCACUAAAGCUAUGGCAUCAGAGUGUGGCGUUGAUCAGAAGAUGCUGUGACAGAUCCCGGAAGGUGUGUAUGAGGAUUCAGUGGCAUUGCCAACCACCUGCUCUGAGGCAGCAGCUCUGGUGUGGAGGAGCAGGGUGAUAGUGGCAACUGGAAGUGACCCAAAAUAUGAGCUGGCUCUGAAGAGUGGCAUGAGUCAUGGCAUGAACUACAGUGGAGCAAACAGAGAGGAGGUGAAGAAGCUCACAAGCAGCAGAGGGGUCAGUGUGACUGUCAAGGCCAUCAGCAGGGACAUCCUCAAGGCAGCUCUGCAAAGGGUAGUGUGGAAGGACAGGAUCGUGGGGAUGGAUUUUGCUGGAGGAAUACCCUCAAUUCCCACUAAUCUGCUGGUUCUAAAGAACGCAUCUGCCAUGGGAGCAUCGAGUCCGUACCAGGAAGAUGAUUUCCCCAGUUUUUCCUCUACUAUCUCCUCCAUUCCCCAGUAUUGCCAGGAGGGAAAUAUCCAUCCUCAUGUUGGGGCACUCUUCAAACUAGAAGAGGUAAACAAUGCCUUCAACCAUGUGCUCCUGCAAUCCACAGGAAAGGCCAUCACCGCCAUGAGGUAA